AUGAUUUAAAGGUGCUUCCCUUUGUGUAGAUCUUGUAUUUGUCGUUAUAAGGAUGAUUGUACUUAAUGGAUUAUUGAAUAGAAUUCUCAGGAUCGAGAUUGUAAAAAGGGUUUUAUAUUUGAUAUAGAAUAAUAAAAGUAUUUGUUGUGUCCUGUCGGCUGUCAGAAAUGUUCAGAUUAAGAAACAUGUUUGAAAUUACGAGGAUCCAUUCAAAUAAAAGGGACGCAGUUGUUAUUGUUUGAAUGGAUACGUUGA